GAAAGCUAUUUUCGUUGCUAAUCCAUGACAUUCUUUCUGCCACUGGCAGUCCUUGCGCAGGCCUUUAUUUUCUUGAAAGCGGUUGCGAGCAAGCCGUCUUAGUGUAACGUUGGGAAAACGCUGGAUUUACGUUCACGUAUUUGUCGCACCAUCGACGAUAAUUGCAGGAUCUGGUGAUCUAGCACCACUCGCAGUCGGCAACAACACCGUCAUCGCGUGUACUUACGAAACACUCCCUUCUUCAACGUUCUGAUAGAAAAAUGCCAAACCAGCUAGCAAUCCCAUUCAAGAAACAUUUUCCUGUUUCCAUUCGCCAGGCUGUUCGUGACUAUAUCCAUGCACAUAGCAGUGAUCACCCAGAGGCGUUUAAGUGGGAUAUCAAUCGGUGGGAAUCGUUAAGGAAAGAUGGCGUUGGAGGAGUGGUACAUGUCAAUCGGAUUGAUACUGCAAUCAAUUAUCACACACAGCUUGUGUUUAUAUUGACUAAAAUGCCCGCUGAUAUAAACUUGGAAAUCUCCUAUGCCCAUGCAUUUUCUCCGGCGUCCACGCCCAUUACAAUGCGAAGUCUGGCCUUCGAGCGAGCUGCGGUUCUCUUCAACCUCGCAGCUUUGUACUCGCAGCUGGCUUCUUCGGAAGAUAGAUCGAGCCAGGACGGCGUCAAACGCGCCAGUGCAUUUUAUCAGAAUGCCGCUGGAACCCUGUCGUUCCUCGUAUCUUCGGCUCUUCCGAAACUCGUGUUCGCUUCAGAUAAGGAAGACCUACCAAGGGAUCUCUCUGAAUCUUUUGUGAAGAGUAUGGAAUACCUUAUGCUUGCACAGGCACAAGAAUGUGUUUGGCAGAGGGCAGUCAUGGACCAUUACAAAAACGGUUUGAUUGCGAAGUUAGCGGCUAAAGUUUCGUCCCUAUACGCCGUAUCCUUAACCACAAUACACGCAGCCGCUCCGCCUAUUACUCGUGAUUUUCCUUCUGACUGGAUUUCACAAAUAGAAACGAAGCAGUCUCACUUUGCUGCGGCAGCACAGUAUAGAAAAAGCAUAGACGACCUUGAGGCUAAUAGAUAUGGCCUCGAGUUGGCUCGCUUGUUCCAAGCGGAGAUCACGGCAAAGAAAGGUUAUAACAUGGCCAGGCGCGGCGGAGUCCAAUCGGCUGUACUCCAAGACAUCAAAUCCCUUCUCGAUGCUGUACAAAAAAAUCUCACUCGCGCUGAGAGGGAUAAUGACCUCAUAUACCACCAAGAUGUGCCAGCGUCAUCAGCGCUUCCCCCAAUACAAGAGGUAUCAAUGGUUCAAAGUAACACUCCUCCCCAACUGCAAGACCCGAAGAGUGCCGUUGGCGACGAAGGCAUUCUCUUCGGUGAGAUGCUGGGCUGGGGAGCCCGCGAAGCCAUCAAUAUCUAUAAUGACAAUAAACAAACACUGGUCAAAGAAAAAAUAAGUGAUGCUGCGCAGGAAAUGAACGACGAGGCAGAGGACAUCCUGGCAGCCCUAAACCUACCAUCUUCUCUGGAGGCUUUAGAAAAACCCGUUGGCCUUCCUCCCAGUUUACUGAAAAAAGCAGAAGAGGUCCGACUGGAACAGGGGCCAGAAAGCAUCGAGGCAUCUCUUGAUGAUGUACACCGACUAGCGCAUCACGAUAUGGCAAUUUUGAAUGAGGCUAUGGACAUCUUGGAUAACGAGGCUUCAGAAGAUGAGGCUGCGCGCAAAGAGACGUUGGUUAGUCGGAUCCCCUCUCACCAGGCUAACCGAGAACUGGUGCAGAAGCAACAACGGUAUCGCGAUGUUCUGACUCAAGCAGCGGAAAGUGAUGAACUCGUCAGGCAGAAAUGGGAUGAAUGGGAAACUAAUAUUGUCGCCCUUACAUGGGACGAGGGCGACCUGGAGGCUUUAGUACCAUCCAAUGCAGGUCGUGCAACAUCAGUCAGUGCCCAGACGCAGAAGUUCGCGCGCACACUUCGUGUGUUACUGGAAUCUUUAGAUGAACUCUUUCGCGCUCGAAAAGAAUUGGUAGAGCGAGCCCAACGGCUCGCGGAUGGCGACAACGUCAGAUCCAAAAUAUUAAAAGCCGCUUCUAACUUUGAGCGGUGGGUCGAUGUCCAGCCUGUAAUGUUUGAGGACGUUUCGGAUGAGGAGCUCGCCAAGUAUGAUCGGUUUAUUCAAGGGCUUGCGGAGUCGCAGAAAAAACAAGAGGAGAUCCUUGACUCGCUCAGGGUAAAUAACGAGCACUUCGUCCAAUCACGGAAGGAAGACCCUUCCAUAAAAGAACGCGAGCAGGCACUGCGAUCUCUGGAUUUAGCUUACCAUAAAUAUCGCGAAAUCUCAAGGAACCUUGAGGAAGGAAUGAAGUUCUAUAAUAAUCUCACUGGGAUCCUUCUGCAAUUCAAAGAGGCAUGCAAGCUUUGGAGUAAUGCGAGAAGCAAAGAAAUCCGUUCUCUAUCUCAUUCACUGCAAACGUUGAGCAUUAGCGCGGAAGAAAAGGAAGCAACCACGCCACCACCUGCUGUAUCUGAGGCACCGUCGGCUCGAGCAGGAAAAAAACCUGCUAUUUCCCUUCCGCCGUUGAAUUCAUCGGAAUGGGAAACCAUGAAUCUACCGGCCAGCCCACCUCGUUUUUCAAAGAGAUAAGUGGAAUAUUGACCGACAGUCUGUUCGUAGCUCUCUUCUUUUCUACUUUGAAGUUAUGUGUAUGAAAUAGUUGUAGGAUUUGUUGUACUUUCCUUCGCAAUAUUCAGUUACUGGCAUCUGUACCUUGCGUUGUGCUCCAUAU